CUCCCUCCGGCGUCCUUAGGAAGCAACCUGGCGCUUGGGAGUCGCUCCGACAGGGCCCGGGAGGCAGUUCGGAAAGACGCGAUGAAGCUGCUGGGUUCGCCUUGGACUCGGUUCUACUCCAACAGCUGCUGCUUGUGCUGUCACGUCCGCACUGGGACCAUCAUCCUGGGAAUCUGGUACUUGAUCCUCAAUGCAGUGGUACUGCUGAUUAUAUUGAGCGCCUUGACAGAUCCUGGCCAGUAUCACUUAGCGGGUACUGAAUUAAGCAAUGACUUUGAAUUUAUGGAUGAUGCCAAUAUGUGUAUUGCAACUGCGGUCUCUCUUCUCAUGAUUCUCAUUUGUGCGAUGGCCACCUACGGUGCAUAUAAGCAACAUGCGGCCUGGAUCAUCCCUUUUUUCUGUUACCAAAUCUUUGAUUUUGCACUCAACACUUUAGUUGCUAUCAGCAUACUGGUUUAUCCAAACACAGUUCGGGAUUAUCUGCAGCAACUGCCUGCAAAUUUCCCCUACAAGGAAGAGAUUAUGUCAAUGAAUUCGAUCUGCUUAAUUGUUAUCCUUCUCCUUUGUUUAAGUAUCACAUUAGCUUUCAAGGCUUACUUGAUCAGUUGUGUAUGGAACUGUUACCGCUACAUUAAUAACAGAAACAACUCUGAUGUCCUGGUCUACAUUACCACUAACGACACAGCGGUGCUGUUGCCAUCGUAUGAUAACUCUGCAAAUGACCCAGGGAAAGAUGCCCCUCCUCCUCCUUAUGUAGCUGCAUAAGUGUGAUAUUUACUUAAAAAACCAACUAUACUGUUUUUCAGAUCAUCCAAACACUAUAUCCUUUCACUUUCAAGAUGGACAUGCAAGAUCCUAGAUUUAUUUAUAGAUUAUUUUCAAAAUGUGUUUUGUGUUUUCUUGUUUUGCCUAAAACAUUACUGAACUGGCUUAGUUUAACAAAGUAUGUUAUAAUCGCAUUGUAGGAUUUUUUUUUCUUCAUGUAAUAAUUAUUUUUAUUCUUGCUGUAUCUUAUGUGAAAGUUUUGCUGGUUUAAAGGGCAGAAUUUUCAAAUCAGUUUUAAGAAUUGUGUCUCAAUUUAUGACUCUCAACUGGAUUUAGAUUUACCCUUACAUGGAUCCAGAUGCAGGCAAACUAUAGAUCACAUGACCUUCCCCCUAACAUCACACUGUUGCUAUUGGCUGGAAAAAUAGCCAAAUUUCAAAGGAAUUUCAGACUGUAGAAUACAUAAGGAUAAGAUAAAUAGGGAUUUAUGAGCCAUUGUGGCGUAGUGGUUAGAAUGCAGUACUGCAGGCUACUUCUACUGACUGCCGGUUGUCUGCAAUUUUGCAGUUCAAAUUGCACCAGGCUCAAGGUUGACUCAGCCUUCCAUCCUUCUGAGG